AUGUGUUUAUUUGAAAAAGAUCAGAUAACACGAGACUGGGAGUUAGAAGAAAGAAAACUCUGUCCUCUGCUGCUGCGGAUACACCCAGGUACCUCCCGGAGAUCUGCUUGCUCACCAUUGAGGGACACAGGAGCAGCAGAUGCUGACUCAGCCUGCACUGUUAAGGGCAGGGUACACAGGCCCCCACCUGGGCCACACAGGCAUUGUGAAGGAUGUAUCAACCGCCACUGCCAUGUUCCUGUGGAGCCCAACGUCUCCUGCCUGGUGAUAAGCUGCCACCUGCUCUGUGGUGCUACCUUCCACAUGUGCAAAGAGGCAGAGCACAAGCUCCUCUGUCCUUUAGAGCAGGUUCCAUGCCUCAACUCUGAAUAUGGCUGCCCCCUUUUAAUGUCCCGCCACAAGCUGGCCAAGCACCUGCAGAUGUGCCCGGCCAGCGUGGUCUGCUGCUCCAUGGAAUGGAACCGCUGGCCAAACGUGGACUCAGAAACAAUCCUUCAUGAGAACAUCAUGAAAGAGACCCCCAAUGAGGAGUGUUUAGAUACAGCCCUGGCCCUCCAGGAUCAGAAGAUUCUCUUCAGAUCCUUGAACAUGGUAGACCUUUUCCCAGAAACCAGAGAUGCCACGGAGGAGGAGCCAACCAGGAAUGGUGAUGCCAACUGGGAGGAAAUGGAAGGAGCAGUGGGAGGACCAGAUGCCAGUUUGGUACCACACAACGGUUUGUCAGCACCCAACGGGGAGAUGAAUGAGUUGAGUCAAGAAGAACGAGAGGCACUAGCCAAGACCAAAGAAGGGAUGGACCUGGCCAAGUUCAACAAGUGGGAAAACAUGUUCAGCAAAGAACAUGCAGCCUCUGCUUUAACUAGUUCAUCAGCAAAUUGUGAGAGCAAGAGCAGGGAUGGUGCAGGGACAGAACAGAUUUCCGCCGGCAAUAACGUGGUAGAGGGAGAGGCUGCUGCCAACGGCAAAGAACCACAGCAAGACCAGAAGCAGCAGGACUUUUCCGCAGCAAUGGAAAAGACAGGCCUUGCCCCCUGGCAGGAUGGUGUUCUGGAAAGACUGAAAACAGCUGUAGAUGCAAAGGACUAUAAUAUGUAUCUAGUGCACAAUGGGCGGAUGCUCAUUCACUUUGGUCAGAUGCCUGCUUGUACCCCCAGGGAGAGAGACUUUGUUUAUGGCAACCUUGAGGCUCAAGAAGUUAAGACCGUUUACACCUUCAAAGUUCCUGUGAGCUAUUGUGGGAAGCGAGCAAGAAUUGGGGAUGCCAUGUUGAGUUGUAGGCCAAGUGAACACAAGGCCGUAGAUACUUCUGACUUGGGGAUCACCGUGGAGGACCUGCCAAAAUCAGACCUCAUCAAGACCACCCUCCAGUGUGCUUUGGAAAGAGAACUCAAGGGCCACGUCAUCUCUGAAUCCAGGAGCAUCGAUGGGCUGUUCAUGGAUUUUGCCACACAGACGUACAACUUUGAGCCAGGACCGUUUUCCUCGGGGACAGUACUGGCUGAUCUCCUGACUGCUGCCAACCCAGGAGGACUUCAUGUAGAGCUCCACAGUGAGUGUGUGACGAGGAGACACAACAAGAGUAGCUCUGCUUUUACUUUCACCUGCAACAAAUUCUUCAGAAGGGAUGAAUUCCCCCUGCACUUCAAGAACGUCCACACAGACAUUCAGUCAUGCCUCAACGGCUGGUUCCAACACCGAUGCCCCCUUUCCUACCUGGGAUGUACGUUUGUUCAGAACUAUUUCCGUCCCCCAGGACAAAAGGCCAAAGUGAUCUACAGUCAGAAGCUCAAGACCUUUGCCAUCAAGCCCGAGGUUGCUCCAGAGCUGAACGAGAGCAGGAAGAACAACCAUCUCAUAGACCAAGGGGGAAAAAGCCAGAACUCUCUAACCAGCCUGCCCCUGGAGGUUUUGCAGUACAUUGCUGGGUUCUUGGACAGCAUCAGCCUGUCCCAGCUCUCCCAGGUGUCUGUGCUGAUGAGGAAUAUCUGUGCCACCCUGUUACAGGAGAGAGGGAUGGUCCUCUUGCAAUGGAAGAAGAAGAAGUACUCCCAUGGAGGCACCUCCUGGAAAGUCCACAGAGAGAUCUGGCAGUUCAGCAGCCUCUUCUCCCAAAUCAAGAGCUGGGAGUUUAAUGAAGUCACCUCCAUGUCUGAGCACCUGAAGGCCUGUCCUUUCAACAUCAUAGAGCACAAGACUGACCCGAUUCGUUUGACCAGCAUGUGUCAGCCCCGUGAGCAGGCCCAAGAGAGCUUAGUCUCCACCUUUAGAACUAGACCACGAGGAAGACACAUCUAG